UACCAAAGAAGAAGAUGCUUUUACUACUUGAAUUUGUUCUAGAGGACAAGAACCUAAACGACAUGCAUGGUGUUCCCCUCCUGCCCCUCGCAAAUGGAGGUUUUGUUGAUUUCCGCUCACUCCAGUACAACCGGGAACCAGACGCUGCUGUGUAUGUUUCUUCAACGAGUACUCCCCGUUCCAUUUUCCACAACAUGGACAAUAAGUUCCUCGACGACAAAGUUCAAACUCCAGGCAUUACAUAUUUGUCGAAGCUUGCCUCUGACGCUAAUAGUCUCCACACAAUCCAACCAGUGCAACUCGUCAGGUUAAACGAAGCCAUUGCAGUCAAAGUCCUGAGAGAGAUGCUUCCACCGGAAUGGUGCGGAGGAAAUCAUACAGUACCUUGGUAUCCAGGAAAAAAGGGGCAUCCACCGGAGCACUGGUUGGAGUCAGUAUGGAUUUGGAUUAAGAGAAUGUUCCCCACUGAUCUCUCCUUGCUCGAAAACCUUCCACUCAUCCCCCACACAUGUGCUGGAAACCAAAGCUUAGUGAAGCUGAGUUUAUCAAGCGUGGUCAUUCUAAGACAUCAGCACCAGAGUAUUUCUUUACCACCGCUUAUCGCGUCUUUGCUAGGCAAAAUUGGCUGCAUUGUUCUGGAAAAUCUCCCGUGGUACAUUUAUCACAACACCCUACAUAAAUACGUUGCCACACCUGAUCCCCGUGGCGUCCUAAAGAUCUUUUGCACGUUAGGUCAAAGCAGAUGUGCUUCAGCUAUUCCUCUUUGUUCACCAGAUGAAAAACGUGCGCUACGAAGUUUCCUCUCUUCUGCGUACUUCAAUGAUGAUGAAAAAAGCCUCUUGUACAACCUUCCUAUUUUCGAUGCAGCAGAUGGAAACGCCUUCAUUUCCAUUAGAAAUGGAUUUCAAGUUCAUGAGGUUUCACCAUAUGGCUUCGAAGUUCCACGAUCUUUGCCAAUACCAAGAGCUUCCUCAGUUGUUGCCUUGAGAGAUAGCGAUUCUUAUACCUUAAUUCAAAGACUCGGAAUCUCACCGAUGACAAAAACAACCUUCCUAAAGAACAUUGUCUUUACUGGUAUACAGAGCAAUUUCUAUAGUCACCAACAGAUCUCUACUCUGAUGAGCUGGAUACUCAGCCAGUACUCCAUUUUUUGCGAAGAAGACAGCUCAUUUCAUGCAUCUCUUCAACAACUACCCUUUGUCAUCACCAGGACCAACAAGCUAGUUACUCCUUUUCGCGUUUUAGAUCCACACCAACCCAUUUUGGAACAACUUUUUGAGAAUGAAAACGACAAAUUUCCAAAUGGAGAUUUUGUGAAAGACGAAAUCCUUCCACUUCUUCGGCAACUUGGAAUGAGGAGUAUUCCAAAUAAAGAGGACAUUCUACAGGUUGCUAAAACAGUAGAUAGUGUCCACAGCGACGUGGGAUCUCGUAGAGCAUUAGCCCUCUUAGAGUUCCUUGACAAAAACCCACCUGACAAGUCCUUGGGUCGAGCCCUAAUGAACGAGAGAUGGGUCCCAAGAAAGCAAAGUCGUCCGUCCACCUAUCCAAGUGCGAUGCCUUGGUUUUUAGGAACAAAGAAUUUCUACAAACCAUCUGAAAUGUUCAGCCAAUCGAAAGCUACUCUUGUGGGGGUGUUAGCGCCAAUAGUCCCUAAACCUUGUUCCAAAGCAUUAGAGGAUGUUUUUGAUUGGAACAAAUCACCACCUGUCCACCACCUUUUAGAGCAGUUGCGUGCUGCUUGUUCUGUACAAUUAAAUGACGGAAAUGAAAGUGUUCUGUAUCAUUUUCAAGCGAUGGUAAAGCAGAUCUAUGAAGAAGCAUCAACCAAAGCUAACUUUCUCCUCGCUGUAAGUCAGGAGAACAAUUUUCCAGAAUGGAUUUGGCAUGGCAAUGGAUUUACCUCACCGUCUAAGAUAGCAUUCACAUCUUGCUGCGGAAUCGACUUGAAGCCUUACCUUCAUAUAGUUCCACCUGAAUUUCGACACCUCAGUCAUUUUUUCCGGCAGUGCGGUGUUCGUGACACAUUUCAAGAUUCCGAUUUGUUGCAUCUCUUGAUAAUGAUAAAGGAUAAACAUGACACUAGAAGUGAAUACCUUAAAGAUGUAGAAGACGAUCGAAAACUGUCACAUGAAAUUCUUCACUGGAUAAUUAGAGAUGGAAAGCAACUCGAUCCAGAACUUCGAGAAAGUCUUCUGGUGCCGAUUCACACCAGGGAUAAUACCUUAAAGUUGGUUCCAUGUUCGGAGUGCACCUUUUGUGACGCGGAUUGGUUGAGAAAGGGAGGCUCUGAACUUCUUAUCGAGAGUGAAUUUCCGAUGAUCCACGAGUCUAUAUCUUCCACAACCGCUACCCUUCUGGGUGUCCCACCCAUCAGCACCCGUGUCACUUCUGCGGAGGCGUUAGGUAUCGAGCAAACAGGUCCAUAUGAGCCAAUUACCACGAGGCUGAAGAAUAUUCUGAACGAGUACAAAGCAGGGGUUGGUGUUUUUAAGGAAUUACUGCAGAAUGGAGAUGAUGCUGGUGCUACAGAAGUUCAGUUCAUUCUUGACUGGCGCAAUCACCCAAACCAGAGGCUUUUGUCACCUGGCAUGGAAGAAUGUCAAGGUCCCGCCCUGUUAGCAUACAACAAUGCAACCUUUACAGAUGAUGAUCUGAAGAACAUCUCGAGACUAGCAGGUGCUACCAAAGAGGAAGAUCUUGAAAAGAUUGGUCGCUUUGGUCUUGGUUUCAGCUCAGUUUACCACUUCACUGAUGUUCCAAAUUUUAUUACCAGAAGUUAUGCUGUGUUUUUUGAUCCAGAAACAACACACCUUGGACUCCACAUAAAAGAUGCCUCAAAGCCUGGAAUAAAGAUAGAUCUGGCGGUAAAUCAGAACAGUUUAACCUGUUUUCCUGACCAGUUUGCGCCUUAUAAUGGGCUUUUUGGCUGUGAAACUGCUCCACCCAGUGAUCAUGACAAGUUCUACUUUCAGGGAACUCUUUUCAGAUUUCCAUUCCGAACUAAGCGAGGGAAAAUUAGUGAUAAAAUCUUCACUAAGCAGGAAAUACGGUCCUUUAUGUUUUCUUUCCAAGAAUCAUCGCCUACCCUUCUAUUGUUCUCACAGAACGUUAAAAAGGUGUCAUUCUUUGAAGUACAUGAAAAUGCGACUAAUUCUAAAGACUCACAGCUCUUGUUUGAAAUCUGCAUAAAACCUCAAACAGAAUGUAUACCAUUUAAGAAUUAUGUAACGGAAAGUACCUUCCUUAAGUCAUGCGUAGCAUGGACAAAACAGUCCACUAGUGAGUUCAAACCUGUUGACAGAUAUCCAUCUCCCAAACUAACGGAGCUCAUCUCUGUGUGUUCCACCAUCUGUCAUAAGAAUGGGCAGAAGCAUCAAGAAACCCAAUCCUGGCUUGUGACAUCCUGUCUCGGUAUUGAAAAUUCCUUCCGACUUGCAACAAGUGAGGAGGGUAAGAAGAAGGGAUUCUUAUCUGCCUCAGGAGUUGCAGCAAAAAUGUCUACCAAAGGCGAUGGCUUGGAAAAAGGAGAGGCAGUGCCUGGAGAAGUAUUUUGUGUCCUUCCCCUAGGCAUUCCAACAGGGCUUCCAGUACAUGUCAAUGGCUACUUUUCAGUCACGUCAAACCGUCGAGGAAUCUGGGAUAGUACAACUACCGAUGUUGGUCCUGAACCUAUAGAAGUGCGGUGGAAUCAAAGCCUCAUGGAGGAUGCACUGACUCAGGCCUAUGUUCAUCUCUUGGAUGAUAUGAUUGUCAUGAAAACACAAGGAAAAAUCUCGUCUUACGAUGUUUUCUCGCUCUGGCCAAACCCAGACAAACUUCAAUCAUUUGAAUGGGAACCUCUCAUAAGAAGCUUUUAUCGUAGAAUCGCAAGCUGUGACCUACCCUUAGUAUGCACAGGAGGGAAAUGGCUCCCAGUGACUCAAUGCAUUUAUCAAGACCUCAAGUUACGGGAGCUUGUGAAUAGUGAGAUAGUCCUUGAAAAGUUUGAUUACAAAAUAGUGCAACUUCCUGACUUUGCAAGGAAAGGAUUCUGGCAGGCUGGAUGUAUGGAUGUUAUCGAUAAACGUACAAUGACACAAGAAAAGUUUCUCCAAGAAGUUUUUUUCCCGAAUAUCACGAUGAUACCUAAAGAGCUACGCGAUCCCAUUGUGUGUCACCUCAUAGAUGAAUGCCUUCAGGGAAAUGCUAGCAAUCAGUGCAAUCACCUUCUCAAUAUAUAUGAAUCUUUGCUUACAAACAAUCGUUGUAUUCCUUGUGGGCCUGAUACGGGGGACUUAGCUUCUCCCAAGGAACUUGUAUCCCCAAAAGGAGUGGUUGCAACUCUGUUCUCAGCAGAAGAUAGGAAAUUCCCUGUUGGGUCAUGUUAUCUAACUAGGGAACGUCUCUUCAUGCUUCAAAACUUGGGAAUGUUAUCAGAUAUUCUUGACUGGGAAACCCUGAUUGAGCGAGGUAACUCUGUGUCAGUGCUCUGUAAAAGAGCCGAACAAGAUGCUAAGAAGAGAUCAGCCCUUCUUAUAGAUUAUAUCAAUGUCCAUCUCCAGAAAAUGGACCCCCCUUCAGAAUUGAUCAGGGAGGAGUUAAUGGCAACCAGUAUGUUUCCCACUCUUGCUAAGCCAGCAAACUAUGUUAUGCCAUGGAGAGGUACUGGCAAUUGGAACAGUGUUAUGCUUCCAGCAAAAGAAAUGUACGACGAAAGGUAUAAGUUUGUCGCAGGGUCCUCUCGGCCAAUCCUUGAUGAAAGUGAGAGUUGUGGCUGCGGUAAGUUAAGCGAAAAAACACGCGAUAUUUUUGGGUUCAGCUCCCGUAAACCAUCGGCUCAAGAGGUUCUUGAGCAGCUGGAGCAUACAGUUCAAGCAAUAGUCCAAUCGCCCGAUGCGAUUGAAAGUUUGGAAGAAGUCUUCCCUUGCCUAUACGAGUACUUUCAAGAACUUAUUUUGGAACCAGAUGGCAAGCGAAUUAUAUGUGCUUUGCAAGAAAAGGAGUGGAUACUGGUUCAUGGAAACUGUCUGUCGGCCUCUCGGCUGGCAUUUACGUGGAAACGAUUUGGUGAACCUUAUCUGAACGAAGUGCCGCAGAAUCUUGCCUCCAAGUAUCGAAGCCUAUUUCAAGCGACAGGUGUUAAAGAGCAUUUCACCACCGAAGAAGUCAUUUCUGCACUAUACGAGCUCGAUGAGGAGAAACGAGGAAAACGCCUAUCUACGAAAGAGUUCAAAGUCUCAAAAUCUUUACUCGAAGAAAUAUCGGAAGCGUCAGAUAAAUCAUUUGAAAAGGAAAGAGGGAAGAUUCCUUUGCCAGAUCAUAAUCUGUUUUUACAGCCCGCUGAGAAAUUAGCCAUUAAUGAUGCGCCAUGGGUGGUUGCUAAAAGUGGUAUCGACUAUGUUCACAAGGACCUGUCAAUUGACCUUGCACACAGGCUUGGAGCAAUCGACAUUCGAACAAAGAAACUAGACAGAAUAUCUCGUGCAAUAGGACGUGAAUUUGGACAGCGAGAGGAUCUCACUGACCGCUUAAAGGGCAUUUUGAAAGCAUACCCAUGCGACGUUGGAGUCCUUAAGGAGCUUGUUCAGAAUGCUGAUGAUGCAGGAGCCACCGAGAUACACUUCAUUGUUGACCCUCGUAACCAUCCUACAAACCAGCUCUUAAGUAACAACUGGAAGGAACUGCAAGGUCCUGCCCUGUGCGUUUACAAUAACCGACCGUUUUCCGAAAAGGAUUUGGAAGGGAUACAGAGAUUGGGCAUUGGAAGCAAAGCAGACGAUCCUUCAAAGACAGGACAGUAUGGUAUUGGCUUUAACGCUGUUUACCACUUAACAGACUGUCCAAGCUUCAUUUCGAAUGAAGACACGCUUUGCAUUCUUGACCCGCACUGUCGUUACGCUCCUGGAGCAAGCAAGGAGAAUCCUGGACGUCUCAUCGGACCAAUUGGUGAAGAAGAACGAUCCGACUACCGAGAUGUAUUUCCAUGCUAUCUGGAAAACAUGUUUGAUUUGAAAUCCGCAACUAUGUUCCGUUUUCCUCUCCGAAGAGGAAGCACGUCGUCUAUAUCUCAAAAUUGUGUUUCCUACGCGGAAAUGAUGACAUUUAUGAACCUGUUGGCGUAUGAAGCUAAAGAAAUCCUUUUGUUUUUGAACUACGUUAAGACCAUAACUCUGUCUGAAAUCAAAGGGGACCAGCUGAAAGAAAUUUACUCGGUGUCGGCACAACUAACACAACACGAUGAAGCACAACGCUUGUGGCUUGCAAAUCAUAUAAAGGCAUCCAAGGAUUUGGAGACGAACAAAAUUGAUUGGCUUGGAAUUACAUACCUUCUCCUUGUGCAGGAAAAAGGAUUGAGACAGGAAAAAUGGCUUAUUCAUCAGUGCAUUGGUCUUCAGGCAAGUACAAGUGAAGAAGCUCCCAAUGGUAGAAGCUAUGGUCUCUUACCUCGUGGAGGAAUAGCAGCAAAGGUUUCUGGGAAGAGUAACCCAGAGCACAAGGCCUUCUGCUUUUUGCCAUUGCCAGUUAACACAGGGCUCCCGGUUCAUGUAAAUGGUCAUUUCUAUUUAGAUUCUGCACGCCGGAAUUUGUGGCAGGACGAAAAGGAAGAAGGAUUCGGAAGCCAAUGGAACCAUUUCAUCAAAACAAAGGUUUUAUCCCAGGCCUACAUCUCAGUGAUGUUAGUAGCACGAGGACAUUUACCAGGGUCGAAAGAAAGAGAUGUCACUUGCUUCUCCACGGAAUACAAUCUUCACAAAGGAAUGCAGUGGUAUCAUAAUCUCUUUCCAAAUUUAAAAUCUGUACAAAGCCAGUGGAAAGUUCUGGGAGAGGCAGUAUUCAAAACAAUUUGUAAUGAAGAUGCAAAGUUGCUACCCUUGACCAAAAAAACGUCAGAUGAAACAAUGGAGGCCUCUCAAGUUUCUCAAGCUGCCGCAGUUGUCCAAGUCAAUGAAAGCGAUUUUAGAGAAGUUAGACGGUGCUUUUGGCUUCCUCCUUCCCAAGGCUUCUUUAACAAUUUGACUCAAGGUAGUGAGUUCCAAAUAGCUCUAGGGAAGAUACUUUUGAGGGUUGGUUUCAAGCUUCUUUAUUCCUCCGCUACGCUUUUCUGGAACUUCAAAGAGGCAGACACAAAUGUAAGAGAGAUCACACCUGAAUUCGUCAUUCAGUUUCUCAAGGAGAACCCGAAUAGCAUCGGUGACUUACCAUGUCCCGUUGAAGAGACAACGCUUGGUUCUGUGAAGGGUGUUCUCCUCCUCCUCGGCUACUGCAUGGAAGCCAAAAGAUUUCCAGGGGAAAUGCUUGGAACACCUUUGUUGCUGACUGAAGACAACGUUUUGAGGAGAUUUAACACGGACAGCCAAGUAUUUUUAAGCUUGUUUGCCGAUUUGGUCCCAACUCAGUGUUCUCAAUUCAUCCACCACACACUAGUCACUACUUUACUUCGGUUCGAGGAAGGAAUUUUCGCCCCCGAUCAAAGUGUUCUCAGGAAAUUUGACAUCAUGGCAUUAGCAUCGCUUCUGCCAAGUACCGCAAAUGCCCCUUGGUGUGAAACAAGUGAUCUGAUACCAUGGAAUUUGAAUGAACAGCCGUCUGAAAGCUGGAUGCAGCGGUUAUGGGAGUUCUUGCACAACACCCAGUUGAAGACUCCGAACACCUUUUCUCUAGAUCCCUUACAAAAUUGGCCCAUCCUUCCAACCAAGUCCGGGAAGUUAGCACCACUUUCCAAAGGUAAAGUAAUUCUUGACCUCACCCGUUCAGAUUCAUGGUCACCUGGCCAGGAACAUGUUGCUGCUUUGUUAAGGAAACUGAACUGUCCAGAAGUUAAUGUCGAUCUCAUAAGCGGUAACGGAAGGCGGAAUGUAUCAGAUAUACUGAAGGCUUACGUCUCUUACCCCAACUCAUCGCAAGAUACACUGAAAGUGCUAGAUCACCUGAUGAGGGAAGGCGACAUUUCCAAUAUUCUAUUUGAUCACGAAAAAAUCUGCAUGUUGCAAUUCUUUCAAGAUGACUUAACAACUUUAAAGCAAGACCAAACAUCUACUUUCAUUGUGAAACGCUUGCCGUUUUUCAAGACAUUUCAUGGAGCAUCUGUGAGCCUUGCAAAUUUUAAAUCAGUUUACGAAAUCCCGGUGGGUUUACCAACUGAUGAGUCGGAGGUUUGGAUGACAGGAUAUAACUGUGUAUUUUUUGCGCCAGAACCCAGGUUGAGCCGCUUGUACAAGGAUCUUCUAGGUGUCGGUGAUAAAACACAUACAGACUGUUACAUCAACUUCAUUUUCCCAAAGUUUUCCCUUCUCCAAAAGAAAACUCGAAUGCUUCACCUGGAAUACGUCCGACGAAUUUUACUAGCACCGAACUGCAACGAAGAGCAACAAGCAAGAAUUCUUAAAUCUCUCAGCACCUUGGCAUUUAUUCCAGACGCCAACGGGACGUUACAAACUGCCUCUUAUUUUCACGAUCCAGGCGUAAAAGUCUUCGCGGUAAUGUUACCAUGUGAAGCAAGGCCACCAGAGCCGUUUGACACUACAAAGUGGUUGGAGCUCCUUCGCAAAAUCGGCUUAAAGCAGAAAAUCAGCAAAGCUCUAUUCCAAACCUUCGCCAAUGAAGUAGCUUCGCAAGCGAUACAGAUGAGCAAUUCAAGUUAUCCUUCAUUGGAAAAGAAGUCAAAGACACUUGUUGAGCACCUCUUAACAGACGACACUCUACAUGAUGCAAAGUUCCUUGUCGACCUCUCCACGAUUAAAUUUAUAGCGUGUCCAAAGGCAAGUGGCGACCUAAGUCUCCUUUGCCGGCAGCAUUUGGUACCUAAUCGAGAUGAAAUUCCUCCAUUUGGCCAUUUCAAGCAUUCAAUUCCACACACACAAGAGGCACUUGCAUGGACGACUGCGUCUCUUCUUUUUGACUGGGCUAUUCCAAACCCCAGAAUCCCACUGCUAAAAAACCUGCAAGUUUUUCAGAAGCCUUCUCUGCAACAAGUCAUCGGUCAUAUUAGAAACCUUUCGCAGACUCUUUCAAGGCGUGCCGAUCGAGAGCAACCAGAACAUCAACGGCGACUUCUGAGCCAAAUCAUGACAGAAGUUUAUAGAUUUCUUACAGAUACUGGUGGUUGUAACGGCACCGAUUCUAAUGAACCGUGUUCAGCCAUGUGUGAUACAAUCUGCAACCAGCUUUCCGAUAUUCCCUGCGUUCUUGUAGAAGGUGGCCGUGUUUUCGUCCGAGGCAAACAGCUGGCGUUUCACCUUGAUGAAGAACACCCGCCCUAUCUGUACAAAGUUCCUAAAGAAUAUGGAAUCUUUGAACACUUGUUCAAACGCCUUGGAGCUAUGGAGAAAGCAACACCUACGCAGUUUGCCCAAGUUUUAAGUAAUCUCAGAAACUCUUGUCAAGACAAACAGAUGCACGCCAAUGAAUUAAGAGUUGUAAAAAAGGCUGUCUUUGGUCUAUUUACUACCUUGCACGCUACAAUUUGUCGAAAAGAGGAUAGAAGGGAAAGCAACCCAUUAGCUGAGGUCAACACCCUCCAUCUUCCAAACAGCAAGCAAGAGCUCAGGCCAUCCACGGAAUUGGUCCUGUUUGAUUGUCCUCAGUUCAAACAUCGCCUGUCAGAUUCUAUGUUCGAGUUUCUUGAUGACCUAACAAAAUACAAUUUAACAAUGGAAAAGCCUGGUAAGCUUGUCGACCUUUUGCCAGACCACUUAAAGACAAAAUCCUUGGCAUCCAUGGUGAGGGAAGAACUACAAGCCGAGUGCAGAGGAAAGAACUGCCGAGCCGACGUCGAAGGAAAAUGUGGGGCUACAAAUCACUUUCGUCACAUAUUGUAUUCGCCAGAUCUCGCAAAUGGAAUUGUACGAAUACUGAAGUCUCAGUACGACAAAGCUAAAUUGACAGAAGAGGUCUGCAACAAAGUUCGCAGUUUUCAAAAAGCACUAAGCAUCAGUUGCAUGGAAACUUUAUCCACGGAGUUAGUCGAUAAUAAAUCAAACACGGUCAUUCCUAAAAGUCAGAGGCAAACGUACUCAGGUUGCUUUGUGGGACAGGACAACGGUAAAAAGCACAUCUUCAUCCAACAUGGUGCGAAGUCUAGUGAUACGAGGAGAAAGAUAUGCCAUGAAAUAUACAGUCUGACCGGCUGCCUCCUCGAAGAAGAGAACUUAUUACACUUGGCUGCCAUCCUUGAAUGUACGUCCCCGGCUGAUAUUUCUAUCACACUGGAUAAUGCUGGAGUGUCGGAUGAUGCUGAAGCUACCCAAACACCAAGUUUGGAACCAAUUCUUGGUUCUGAGGUCCCCAAAGAGUUUCACGAGCUUCUAGACCAGUAUAAUGAUUUCUAUUUUCGUCCAGGAGAGUUUGUUGCAUAUGAAAGAGAAGAUUCGACCGAUGAGGAACCAAAAUACAUUUAUGCAAACAUCGUCCGCCAGGUUAAAACGUCUACUUCUGCCAAAGUUAAAAAGGACAGAACAAAAAGAAAACAAAAAGGAGAGAGUAACCUACUUAGCAGAUAUCUCAUAGACAUCGGUCCUGAGAGGGAAGAGGUCGAUGUUCUGGAUUUGUACAAGUUUAGACGGCCGCGGAAGAGCGAGGAAGAGGAAGUAGACGAGAAAGAGUCUCUUUCUAAAUCGAUGGAGGUUGUGCCUUACGUAGGAGCUAGUGGGCAAAGUACUGGACAAGCAGGGGCGGAGACAGCUGGGCCCUCUCGAGAUGCAAAUGAGCCACUGAAGCCUCAGACGUUGGAACACGCCCUGAAAGAGGUGAAGAAAGCUCUUACCGAAAUUUGGAAGUUUCCAGAAGAUAAAAGAAAGAAAGCAAUAAAGCGGCUAUACCUCCGAUGGCAUCCAGACAAGAACAUGGACAUGCAAGACACUGCAAAUGAAGUAAUGAAGUUUAUACAAAACGAUGUCGACAGGUUAUCAAAAGAAGGCGGUGCAAGACCACCACCGCCAGAUUUUACGGACUUCUUCAAGCAAUGGAAUGAAAGAGCUCGACGAGAGCGCUCAAGCCACGAGAACUACCGCCGCCGCAACCCACGAUUUCCAGGUUUCGCAUCACACUCGAGAAGAACCUACACGGCACCCAAUCCACGCGUAGCGAAGAUAUGGAUGCGUCAAAGCAAAGAAGACCUGCGCUCAGUAAAACAUCUCUUGUCUUCCCGAGAUCCACUUUACUACCUUGUCUGCUUUCAGUGUCAUCAAAUUGCGGAGAAAUCUCUCAAAGCAGCUCUUUACGCUCUAUCAGGAGUCGCAGACUGGCAGCUGAACUCUCACGACUUGGUUCUAUUGGCACGUGAUCUUUCACGACUUCCUAGAGCUCCAGAUGUGACAGCGCAAGUAGCCAGGCUGUCGAACUAUUUCGAAGGCACUCGAUAUCCUAACAAGCACGAGCCAGCUAAAGUGCCUGCGGAGGUGUUCCAAGAUUCUCAGGAAGUACAGGAAUCGUUCAGACUGGCCACAGAAGUUUUGGAAGUACUAGAACAGUUUGUUGGAGCAUAACACUGUUUAUGACUCUCAUUCAGACAGUAUGACAUUUCAAAUACUGUUCAAAAUGUUACACCUUUACUUUAGGCAUUUGAAAUCUUAGAAACAGUUAGAAUAAUUUAAGCUAGCUAACAGGAAGAACACUACUAUCAAAGCUUUGUCGCAUUGUACGACGUUAAAUUUUGGCUAGAUUGGACCAACGUUCCAUAACAUGAUUCAAAUAUUCAAUGAAGAGAGAUUGGCGAUUUAUGAAUAACACUUCUUUUUUCACUAACUUUGUAGUACCCUAGUCGUUUUGUAUUACCAAUCUUUUACCAGUAAUAUUUUUCUGUAGUGACAACAGGGGCAUGGCCAGGAUUUUUCAAAGGGAGAGGGGGUGAGGAGGGGAGAUGACUCUGUGUCUAAGAGAGAAUACUCACCAGAUUUCCAUGUCGACCUUCACGCCGUGUAGUACUUAAUGUGGCGAAAGCGUCAAGAUAUCGUGAUAUCGUUCUCGCCACCUGAUUAUCGUAAGUUGUGGGCAUAUGCUUACCAAUUAAAAGUCACGCGCACUCCAGAACCCACUCUAGCUACGCCGUUAAGUGGUUUGUAAGGCUUUGUUCAUGGAAGUGUGUAUUAGGUAACGAACGGCAGGCAAGUUUACAGUAUUUUUUACAAUUCUCGGUCAUCCUUUUGUUAUUGUAAGGAAGUGGUAGUGUUGAUUACAGUAAAGAAAAAGUUUUUCUCUACCAAUUUGAAGUGAACCGUUUUCAUAAAACAAACACAAACAAAAUUACCUCAUAAGGUGACGUAGACUUUUCUAAGAGUUUUUAAUAUUUUGUAGUUUUCCGAAGUAAUAGGAACACAUGCGUAUGUUAUUGCCAUAGCAGAUAAACAGGAUUCCUUGCCUUUAUAUUUUUCAUGUCAAGGGAAAACGUUUUCAAGUCUAUUUUAACGAGAGUUAGUCAAAAAUAUGAACAUUAAACUCUCAAGAGCCUUAAAAUUGAUAUUUUAUAGUUAAGAUUAAUUAAUAGAAAUGUGUAAACUUCUACUAUCCAUUUAAAUAGGAUAUGAAUCUUGUAUCAAGAUUUGUUCCCUUGAAAAAUUACCGCCUAGUAUUCUGCUAGCACAGUGGCUUCCUUUCCUUUGAAAGUUAUAAGUACUGUUUCCAUGCCUCAUCGUAAAACUCGUGAGUGUUUAGAGAAUUAUUCUAUGGCUUCAUUUUCUGGGAGUUGGACAGAGGAGAAGGCCUCAUUUGGGUUAAAGCGUAGGUUGUCUCUCCAAACGUGUAUAACUCCUUCCCAAUUUUUUUCCGAGAUUUGUCACUGACAUUCGUUUUUGAGUAAAGAAAAAAAAAAAUUCUACUGGAGCAAAAUGGAAUAAAGCAAAAGGAAUUCUUCAGUGGAAA